UUGGCUACUCAUUCGAAGCUAUACACAUGGUGCUUCCCAGUCCGGUUGAGAAUUGUCAACAUAUAAGAUCGGUUCGUUACAUAGUCCUCCCAGUUAAUGAAAUAUCUCGACAACAAAUAGAGACAAUGAAGUUCGUGAGAUUCAUCAUGAAAAACGCUGCGUUGGCCAGCGCACCGAAACACAUCGACCACUUCUCUAAAUUCUCGCCUUCUCCACUUUCCAUGAAACAGUUUCUGGAUUUUGGUUCCAUCAACGCCUGUGAGAAGACGUCGUUCGUCUUCUUGCGACAGGAGCUUCCCGUCAGACUCUCCAACAUCAUGAAGGAGAUCAACCUUCUGCCGGACCAACUGCUCACCACUCCGUCCGUGCAGACCGUGCAGGGAUGGUACAUCCAGAGUUUGAUGGACAUUCUGGAGUUCCUAGACACAAAUCCUGAUGACCACAGAACGUUGGGAAACUUCGCGGACGCCCUGGUGAUGAUCCGGAACAGGCACAACAACGUGGUCCCCACCAUGGCCCAGGGGGUCCUCGAAUACAAGGAGACCUUCUCCCAGGACCCGGUCACCAACCAGAACAUCCAGUACUUCCUGGACCGCUUCUACAUGAGCCGCAUUUCCAUCCGCAUGCUGAUCAACCAGCACAGUCUUAUCUUCGACGGAGACACCAACCCCGUUCAUCCCAACACCAUCGGCUGCAUUGACCCUCACUGCACGGUGGCUGAGGUCGUACAAGAUGCCUACCAGAGUGCCAAGAUGCUGUGUGAGCGGUACUACCUUAUCUCUCCGGACCUGUUCCUGCAGGAAGUCAAUAGUAAUAAGAAGAACCAGUCGGUCCACAUGGAAUAUGUGCCUUCUCAUCUCUAUCACAUGCUGUUUGAGCUCUUCAAGAAUGCCAUGAGAGCCACGAUAGAGCACAAUGAGGGAAAGACUUCCCUGCCGCCCAUCAAUGUGAUGGUGUCUCUUGGGGGAGAGGACAUGUCCAUUAAGGUCUGUGACCGGGGGGGCGGAGUCCCGUUCCGUAAGAUCGACAAGCUGUUCAGCUACAUGUACUCCACGGCGCCCUCCCCCCAGCUGGACGACCACGCCCGCACGCCGCUGGCUGGCUUCGGCUACGGCCUCCCCAUCUCCCGACUCUACGCCAAGUACUUCCAGGGAGACCUGCAGUUGUACUCCAUGGAGGGCCAUGGCACGGACGCCGUCAUCUACCUGAAGGCGCUGUCCGAGGACUCGGUGGAGAGGCUCCCGGUCUACAACAAGACGGCCCUGAGGAACUACAAGGUGAGCCAGGAGGCGGACGACUGGUGCGUUCCCAGUAGGGAGCCCCUGGAUAUGCUCAAGUACAAGAAGGCCAAGUGAGGCCCCCCCCCCCACCUGUCCUCUCCGCCCCCCGGCUGGCGUUCGGCCGGCGUGUGGCCGGCGUGUGGCCUCCACCUCCAUGACAUUCGCCGGCCCCUCGGCUAUCCUGAAGUAGCCGGCCUCCCAGUGUUCUGUUUCUACUGGUUUCUAGGGAGAAGCAUGCCCGUUCCCAGUUUGAUGUCCAGUGCCUUUCGGUGCUGUGGAUUCCGGAGAGUUCUCCAUGAAGACCAAAGACUUGUGUUGAACCAAAGGAACAGAAGGAGGCCCUGUUUUUAAGGGAACCCCUGUUUGACCCUUUGACCCCUCCCUCUCUUACGGGGACUGGGGUUGUGUGUGUUUUUUAUUUAUGAUCGUGCAUGAGGAAGUCAGCAUGGCUGGCUGUAGAGCUCUGUGAUUGGUUGAGCCUUUAUAGAUCUGAAUGGACCGAUGAGGACACAAAGUAAAGACUAAGUCUAAGUAUUUUAUUUCAAGAUAUCUCUUGAAACGUACAUUCGCUGAUCUCAUGUGAUGAUGAUUUAGACCGGGACACAAGCAGUUGUGUGCAGCACAAUUAAAAAAAGGCGCUAUAAAUCUCAUUAUGAGGAUAUUAUAAGUACUUGAAAAUAUUAACCCAGCCUGUUUAAAUGUUCAGUAGCUCUUUCAAGUGCCAUAGCUUGAAGUACACAUCUUUAAUGACGGUGGGAAACUUUGGAAAUUGAACUGCAAAAGCUAAACGUAACACUUUGUGGUCAGUCAAAGGUCAAUCUUAUCCAGCAGAGUUCUGCUACGUGUUUGCUGUUCAGCCCAUGAACAUCACCUCACUGUAAUGACCUGGUGAAUCUUUACCGUAAGGUGUACUCUGUCCCCUCCUGAGCUCUUUGGACCAGGAUCAACUAUUAACUCAACGCCUCUGGUGACUAUUUCCUAGCGCAGAGAUACGCUACAAAGAAGAUUACAUUGAUAGAUCUACAGCUUUUAUACACCCACAUUUAUGGCAUUGUAUUUGUUCCAUGUUCAACCAAGUUGAUCAAAGGUAUAUAUGGUCUGAGAGACUCUCAUGAUGUAGCAAAGUGUCUUUCUUUGGGAGAUUCUAGUUCUAGCUCGCUCUGUAACAAUGUUGCCCAUCUCUAAUCCCCACGUCGCUGAUUUCAACAUAUUUUUAAAGUAUUUAUUUUACACUUCACUGUACAAUAUUUUACUGUUGCAUUAAUAGCGUAACGAUUUUCAAAACAAAGUCCCAUUUAAUAAAACGGUUCCAGUGCAGAAUAGCUCUUGUGAUAUUCUGGUGGGCGACAUUUGUAAUACACAGACCAGCCAGAAGGAGGAGGAUGAAUUAUUGGAGCUCCUGCUUCUCUGAAUGAGUAUUGAAACGUGUAGGGAAAAAAGGGUCAGGGCAAGACGCGCACACUCCAACUGUGGAUCCACAGGGGAUGGAUGUACAUCACGUUCAGCAUUACAGCAGCAAAGAACAAAUAUUAUAGAAACAAGAAAAGUGAUAUAAAUGUGGUGCAAACUGUGUUUAAAUAGGACAGCCUGUACCCUUGUUCCUCUGCCCAGCCAUAUGGAGCGAGAGGGCCGAGGGGGCAGAGAAUAGACCAGGAGUGGUUCCCCUGGGUCCGGUUUCAGGGUUAUAGGAGCUGGGGCAGUCCUGAACCUAAAUGCCAAGCUGUUCUGAACCCCCCCCCCCCCCCAACAUGUGUAGAUCAAGUGUUGAUCUGUGGUGAAAGUUUCCACUGCUUUGGAUGUCUACUAACCUCGUGUCACAGCCCACAGAAGAUGGCUUGCCUUAUGUCCGGUUGAAAAAGGAUUGGAAUGUGUUUGAGCUUUUCUGUCACAGCAUGAAUGUUUCUGUUCAUACUUAUGAUUCACCCUUGUUCGGGGUGUCCCAGUGUACUGUACAUAUGCUUAUUUUGGUGUGUGUACGAUGAUGAGGGAACAAUAUGCAACGUGAGGGUAAUUUUUAACUACAGUGCCAAAUGCUCAUCCUUGGGAUGGGCUGACAUGGGGUGUGUGUGUGUGUGUGUGUGUGUGUGUGUGUGUGUGUGUGUGUGUGUGUGUGUGUGUGUGUGUGUGUGCGUGUGCGUGUGUGGUAGAGAGAAGGGUGAGAGAGGGGAAAGAGAGCUAUAGACGGUAGUAGGCUCAUGAAUACAGGAUCUCCCAGUAAGAGUCCACCUCCUCUUUUAGGAGUCAUUGAUCAAAGGUGUAUACAUUAAGAUGAUAUCAUGUGCUGCUUCAGUGAUCCAACAUUGUGCUUAUCUGCUUUUGAAGAUACCGGAGAUCACGAUGGGUUUCCGUUAAUGUCCUCUGACCCCUAAUGAUUGUAAACAUCCACUGUGUGGUGGACAAAAGGUAUUUAAAUGAAUGAAUAAAUAAAUUAAAACGAUUGUAAAGUGUACAUUUAUUCACUGUGUACCC